CAUGGCGGAACAUAGAGCAGGAAUUCCGCCUAUAUGACGAUCAAAGCGUUGAUAAACUGCUGACUUAAGAAGACGAACACCGCGGGUUAGAUCCGGUCUGUUGCAAAGUGUAAACGUUGUCCUCUGUGCUGAGAACCUUCAGCUGCCUUACGAGUAACUUGGCCCUUUUUUUUUUGUAUUCCCGCCAUGGCGGAAGUACAUCUGUGGUCCAGCUAAAACACUCACUCGGAUGCUUCGAGUUGGACCGGUGCCUUUUCUAUAAAAGUUAUCGAACUUGAAUGAUGGAUGCUUUGGACGAGCUGUCUUACGCAUUGGCGGACUUGUCAAUGUUCCCCUACUUUGACAUGGCGCACUAUAUUAUAUCAAUCAUGGCUUUGAAGGAGCAGCAAGGAACAAUGGAGGUGUCCCGCGUGAGCCCGUUGGCUUGCUGGUUCAGCUCCAUGAUAGUCUGCUUUGCUGGCACCGUACUGGCAGGCAUCAUACUGGCCGAACCACCUUUGGCGCCGCUGGCCAAAGGCUCCCAUGUUCUGCUUGCCUCUCUUGUCUGGUACCUCAUGUUCUACUGUCCCUGGAACCUGAUGCACAAAUGCGUAACCAUGCCCCCUCUUCGCCUGGUUCUGUCGGCAAUGAAGGAGGUGACGCGCACGUGGAAGGUGCUUGCUGGUGUCUCACAGGCACGUAGCAAAUACAAGGACGGACUGCUGAUCAUGAUCGCCACUGGCUAUGUCAAAGGAGCCGGAGGAGGUCUGAUCAUUAACUUUCAGCAGCUCAUCCGCGGGGCAUGGAAACCGGAUGCCAAAGAGUUUCUGAAAAUGGGCGCCGCCACCAAGGUGUCCAUGAUCGGGGCGGUGCUGUUUGCUCUUCAGCAGUCUCACUACCUGCCUAUACAAACGCGCCACCUGAUGCUCAUCUACACCGUCUUCACUGUGCUCAACAAGACGAGGAUGAUCUGUACGGGGUCGGCGACGUUUCCCUUCGACCCCAUCGAAUCGGUGCUCCACAAGACUCUCUUCGUUGGCUUUUCUCCCUACGCCGCUCUCACCGCCGCCGCGACAACUAACGGCUCAGCUGGUGUGCCGACCGAAGAGCGUCACGGACCUCGCACCAGCGUAGCGAGAGCGCCAGUUCAAACCGAAAACAUGUCGGAAAAGAAGAGCAACUGAAGAUUUGUCAUUGGAUUGACGUUAACUCAUUGGCUGACAUUGACGGUGUUGGACAUCCAAUCCAUUUUGAAUAAGAGGGGUGAAUGGUAAUGGAUUGGACGUCUAGCGCCAUCAAUGGCGCUGAAACGUGAGAAUUCACAGCCAUGAGUGUCAUUUGGUGGAAUGUUUUGUCUUAUGCGAACUCUCAUCAAGCCUGGCCUUAUUUUGGAGCAUUCGGCCCGUUCUUAAGUGAUGCACAUUUUGCUGCAAAUCUGUCUUAAUUCUCAAUAUACAGUAUGUAUUUAUUAUAUUCAGAAAUGAUGGUUUUCGCUCUGGGUUUUGGGAUCAAUGCUGAGCACUUGAAUGGCUAUUUCUGCACGUACAUAUUGUAAUACUUGUUGAAAUGCUAUUUUUCCUACAAUGCAAAAUAAUAUAUAUCAUUCUAUGAGAUUUUAUACGUUAUUCUAUUUUAAGUUUUCUGCACUUUCAAAAAUGGGCUAAAACGCUUUUUGAUGAAUGCCUUGUAAGAAAAAUUUCAAUGAAAAUGCAAUUGACUAUCAAGAUGUAGCAACAUUUGAAUGUGACUAUUUAUAUUGAUCGGAUCAGACGUGUAACGCCGUCAAUGGCAGCGAAUGAGUGAAAUAAAAUGUGUGAACUCCAUUAUCAAAUGCAAAGUUACAUCAGUUUAACAUCAGCACCUGGUGCAGCAGGAUCCCGCAGUGAACCCAUGUGAAGAAACAAAGACAAGCAAAGCUGAUGAAACUGUAGAAAUGAUGCACCUGCCCAUCAUUUCAAAAUACACGUGUCUUUGCGUGUUCUCUUUAUUACAUGUAAAAAGCGCCAGACGGUCAAGUUGGAUCAAUUUUUUGCCGUUUUAUGGUGGUCUUUAUAGGGCACCCAUUGAAAUUAGAGUAGUCUGAUAUCUGCUGAUAAAAUUUUAAAAUAUAAUAUCGACAUCGGUUUUUCAUGAUCAGUUUUGAACAUAAGCAGAGUUUAAGGGGAGGGG